GAAACAAUGGCAUUGAAACUGGUAACAUUUUUAACCAUUUUUGACGUCAGUACAUUAGAUAGUGGGUCCCCGCUACCAUGUGCUGCCUUCUUUCUUCAAGCAUCAACCAAUCAGCACUCUAGAACGGUAAGAAGGUUCAGAAGGUUUCAGGCCGUUGGCCAGUAGCGCUUUCGGGGUUUUGGUCUUCUGGUACCACUGCAUGACAAGCAUGGAUUACAUUUAAACUCCAUCUAAACUCAAACCGGGCGGCCCCGCGGAGCUAUUCCCAUCCUAGAGAGCUCGAAGGACCCCCGUUGUAACCCAGUACGUGAAAACAAUUCUUUUUUAGCUUGCAUGUGAAAGCGGGCCGUCUUGUCUUGUCAUCUUUUGUCUCAAUCUAUUACUGUAACGGACCAUCUGUCCGUCUUAGUCAACUCGUGUGUUUCUAGUAUAUCAGCCAUCAUAAAGCCCCCCCCGGUUUCUCAGCGGCGCGCCUCUUAGAACUUACCUUCGACUCCAUUCCGCUAUUGACCCUGUGCAUACCAAGUUUACAAGCCCGACGGACGAUACCGAUAGGCGCUUAACCCUCUUGGAUCUCUUGGUACCGACAGACCUUCGUACCCAGCCCGUAGAAAAGCUAUGGAAAUAGCUCGCGCAAAAGAGCUUCCGGGGGAGCUCUUAUAUAUACAAUACGAACAUGCACUAGAAGAAAAAUAUCUACCCGCUAUUCGGGCCUUGAUUUCGAAAGAUCUCAGCGAGCCCUACAGCAUAUAUGUUUACAGAUAUUUCUUGUACCAAUGGGCUCACUUGUGCUAUAUGGCACUUAAUCCCGUCGAUAAGUCUCUUAUGGGUGUCAUUAUCUGCAAACUCGAACACCAUGCCUCGCACUCACCCCCGACUCAUCGAGGUUAUAUAGCUAUGCUCGCGGUAUCGUCUGCCUUCAGGGGUCACGGCAUAGCCACGGCGUUAGUAAGAAUGGCGAUCGAUGCCAUGGCUGAGCGCCAUGCCGAUGAAAUUGUCUUAGAGACUGAAGAAACGAACAUACCAGCUAUGAGACUAUACGAGCGAUUAGGUUUCUUACGAUCGAAAAAGCUCCAUCGAUACUAUCUAAAUGGCAACAGCGCUUAUAGGCUUGUACUGCUCUUGAAGUCGGCAGACCUCGAACCUGGCCAGCAACCCGACUAGAGGCGGGAUGGAUUGCUUCGAUAUCUUCGCUUGAACUGGGGGUAUAUUCUGAACGGAACAUGACUAGUAUGUGGAACGUACGUAUUCUUGAUAGCGUUUCGGACUAUCAGCAAUAUAUUCAGUCGAUGGAUGACUACGAAGGAGUAGGACAUGCGAAUAAGGCGCCGCAAGACCGGGCUGUGGAAUUUUGGAUGACAUUAGCAUGGAAGGUCAAUGCAUUGGUGGCGUUAAAUGGAUAGGUAGUAAGUAAGCAUUAGGGUCCUAUUUGGGUCACAUUCAGAUUAGUACUUGUCCUUCUCAAAGUCUCUGAUUAUGCAUGAAGCGAGCUUUCGAUGGCAAAGGGUAUCUAGACGAAUUCAACUAUUUUCCGUGAGAAC